GACCUGACAGCAAACAUGAACGAGUCUGCCAAAAUUGAAACAGAAGAGAAACAAGCUUUCCCCUCCAAUAAGCUCGCGUUGCCGCGCCGCCCCCUCCACGCCACGCCUGCACCCACCACCAAAAACAAAAAAAGUAAACGAGCACUUAGAACGGGACGGGAACACAAGCAGCAGGGGCGAAGCAGAACAGCACGAGCCGCCUCCGCCUCCGCCCCCGCUGGGAAUCUUCCUCCUCAGCCAUCCCAUUUCAUUAUAGGCAUUCCAUUCCACCACCGGCGCAUACAAAAAAUCAGCAGCGAUCGCGCCACUCCGCCGCGCAGGCAGGCGGUUCCGUCCCGGCUCUUCCCACCCACCCCGCCGAGGAUGGCGCCGUCCCCCGUCACGUGCCGCCCCUCCGCGGCGCGGCACCGCCCGCUGCUGGUCCGCGCCCCCGCGCCGCGCGCUGCCGACGGGGCGGCGCUGAUGCUGCCGCUGCCGCUGCGGAGGAGGGAGGCGCUGCUGGCCGCAGCGGCGCGGCCGCACGCGCGGUGGAUCGCGGCGGACCCGUGGGCGUCGGCACACGCCUGGACGAGCCCUGGAAGGGGCAGGGGGGACGCGACAAGGUGCGCGGCGGCGGGGCGGGUCGCGGGGAGCAGCAGCGCGGGCGCCGGGAGGAGCGCCGGGAUGGAGGUGGCCAUCGCCGCCGCUGCGGUCGUCGCCAUGGGCACGGGGAACCGCGUCCUCUACAAGCUCGCGCUCGUGCCGCUCCGGGAGUACCCCUUCUUCCUGGCGCAGUUCGCCACGUUCGGAUAUGUAGUUGUCUAUUUCUCGAUCCUGUAUCUUCGAUAUCAAGCGGGCAUUGUCACCGAUGAGAUGCUGUCUCUACCACAGAAACCUUUUCUAGUUGUAGGACUCUUAGAGGCUUUUGCGGCAGCAGCAGGAAUGGCAGCUGGAGCUGUUCUUUCUGGGGCUUCAAUACCAAUAUUGUCACAGACUUAUCUUGUCUGGCAGCUUCUUCUAUCUGCUAUUUUCUUGAAGAGGCGCUAUAGAAUUAAUGAGAUAGCAGGAUGCUUUCUAGUGACCGUUGGUGUCAUAAUAACUGUAGCAAGUGGAUCUGGUACUAGUGCUUCAUUUAAAAGUACUGGAAUUUUAUGGCCACUGCUAAUGAUAAUAUCGUUCUUUCUCCAAGCUGCUGACACAGUAUUGAAGGAAAUCAUAUUUCUAGAUGCUUCUAAGAAACUGAAGUGUGGCUCAGUUGAUCUUUUUGUUGUCAAUUCAUACGGCUCUGCUUAUCAAGCUCUUUUUAUGUGUCUCUUGCUUCCUUUCCUGUCAAAGUUAUGGGGAGUUCCAUUCCGUGUGUUACCAACGUACAUUAAAGAUGGUGCAGCCUGCUUCUUAAAUAUGGGAUCAAUAUCUGGUUGUGAAGGGGCGCCGCUACUACCACUACUAUUUGUGUUGGUUAACAUGGGAUUCAAUAUAUCAUUACUACACCUGCUAAAGAUCUCCUCGGCAGUCAUAUCUUCCUUGGCUUCUACAUUCUCAGUUCCGCUGUCCAUCUACGCUUUCACCCUACCACUGCCGUAUAUCGGUGUGGCAUCAUCUCUGCCACCUGGCUUUGUUGCGGGUGCAGCAGUACUCACCGCUGGCUUACUACUGUACAGCCUACCACAGGCACGACAUUUUGGAAAUACUUUUUCACAACAAAAAUGACUAGUUAGCAUCCAUUUCUUCAUUGAUUUAUCACCCUUCAUUCCAAGAUGGUGCUGGGUUCGAAAGGUAGAACAGAAGUUCUCCUCAGGGCCACCUGACUGAUGUACUCCGAUGUUGUAUGGUACAUAUCAUAUAUAUGUAUACCCACCAAUAAAGGCGAGGAAAUAGCAUACUGAUAUAUAGGGAAUAAAGAUCGAGAGGAGGACUAAGUAUCUGGCAGUCAGACAUUUGAUGUUACUGAGUGUGAAGGUCGGAGAAGAGUAUGCACAGCGGGGGCAGUAGCAUCAUCACCGCAGGGACGAAGUGAAAAGAUCAGCGGUUGCAGCACCAAUGACAGCCACAGGAGGAUCACUGUCGCUGCCAGCAACAUCAUCAGUACUCCUUUGCUCAUCGUCGACGCCACCGCCCUGCCCUCCUCUGGCUCCCCGGCUCCUGUCUUUUUUUUCUAGGUUUUCAUGUUUGUUGUGAGGAAGUUGUUGUACCAUGUGUGAGAGAAAGAAAACGUUGUACCCUACGGAGCUGGGAAGCUAUAUAUGGGCCAGAUGGGGUGUUUUGGCAUGUGUGUCCAUGUGACUGGGCAUGUUUGAAUUUUUUAUCCUUUUAAGCAUGUGUGCUUCCAUUUCCAGUAGAAAGCUGUACUUUUGGCGGACCCGGACCGUUGUACCAUGUGUGAGAGAAAGAAAACGUUGUACCCUACGGAGCUGGGAAGCUAUAUAUGGGCCAGAUGGGGUGUUUUGGCAUGUGUGUCCAUGUGACUGGGCAUGUUUGAAUUUUUUAUCCUUUUAAGCAUGUGUGCUUCCAUUUCCAGUAGAAAGCUGUACUUUUGGCGGACCCGGACCGUAUUUCUAUCUAUUAUAUGAAUUUCUAUAUAUUAUUAUUA